AUGUCUUCCACCGACCAGACCAUCGUUCUCAUCACCGGCGCCAACGGCGGCAUCGGCUUCUCCCUCGCCACCCAACUCCUCGAAAACGCCAAAUACCUCGUCCUCCUCGGCAGCCGCUCCGCUGAGAAAGGCGAAGCCGCUGUGAAACAGCUCCAGGGAAAAGGAUUGCCUGGGAAAGUGGAGUUGGUGCAGAUUGAUGUCAGCGACGAGACGAGUAUUCAGAAAGCGAAGGAUGUGGUCGAGGAGAAAUAUGGUCGCAUCGACGCCCUCGUAAACAACGCCGCCAUAACCGGCGAAGCCCCCGCCUCCGCCUCUCUCGCCACGCGCAUGACAUCCGCCUUCCUAACCAACGCCACGGGCCCAGCCGUCAUCGUAGAGACCUUCGCUCCCCUCCUCGCGAAGAGCGCGGAGAUGGGCAAGACGCCGCGGAUUCUGAAUGUGUCGAGUGGAGCCGGGAGUAUUGGGUUGAGGAGCGAUAGGACGAAUCCGCAUCAGGUUAUGAAGAACGUAUGGCCCCCGCUCUUUCAAUCGGCUGUUUUGGACUAUGAGUAUGGACCUAAGGGGUGGAAGGUGUUUUGCUUCUGUCCGGGGUUCACGGAGAGUAAUUUGGGGCCUAGGAACAAACCGGAGCAUGGGGCCAAGCCUACUAGUGAGGGCGCGAAGCCCAUGGUUGCUAUUUUGGAGGGGGCGAGGGAUGAGGAGUGUGGGGGGUUCUUGAAGGCUGAGGGGGGUUGGCCUUGGUAG